AUGGAUUCCAAAAGAGCAAUCCUCAUUCUUGGCCUAUUGGCAAUGGUUCUUAUUUCCUCAGAGGUGUCAGCUAGGGAAUUAACUGAAGAAGUUGCUGAAAAGUCAAAUGAACUGAAUGAUGCCAAGUUUUUGGGUUUUCAUCGACACCAUCGCAGUCACCGUCAUGACCAUAGACACCGUCAUGGCCAUCGUGGUGGACAUGGGGUUGAUAUCGACAAUGGUAACUGA